CCAGCUGCAAGGCCGGCUGAUCAGCUUACGAUCAAACAUAGCAUGAAUAAAUGUUCCCCUCACCAGCCCUCACCAGCCGUGCCUAUCCAUCAUCCACCACCACCAUCGAUCCAUCCAUUGAUCCAAAAUGUCCGACCCCUACCCCCGACACCCGUCCUACCCUCCUGCCUCUGCCUCUGCCUCUGCCCCUGGCACCAGCAACGAGGCAACCAGCCCCUACUACUCACCCCCCGACGGAGUCUACCAACAUCCUCCCUACGACUACGACCCACAGCAAUUCUACAACCAGCAUCAUGUCCCUCCUAACCAAGACCCCGCCUAUAGCUCCCAGUACGACGUGAGCCAGAUCCCGCGCUCCUAUCCGGCACAAUGGGUCCAGCCCGAUGCGCCUCUCCAGCAGCCAUAUGAUGCCGAUCGUCUGGCUCCGCAGUAUGAACCCCCGGUUCGGAGGGGAAGUAAUGCGGAUUAUUAUAAUCAGUCUGCAGUCGACCUGGCCCAGGUCGCAGAACCCACAAACGAACAAGACCCUAAUGCUCCCAAAGGAGAAGGCGAAGACGAAGGUGAACGCAGUCUCGGCGGCGCGGUCCUAGGCGGCGCAACGGGGUAUUACCUCGGCCAUAAGAAAGAGCAUGGGUUGUUAGGUGCGGUGGGGGGUGCGCUAUUGGGGAACUUUAUCGGGGAUAAGUUGAAGGAUCGAAAAGAAAAAGAGAGUGAUGAUGAGUAUAGUUAUCAUAGUCGGAGGACGAGGACGUCGAGUAGUCAUAGUCAUGGGCAUGGGCAUGGGCAUCAUCAUCACCAUCAUCACCAUCAUCAUGGACAUCAUCAUGAACAUGGGCAUAGGAGUCGGUCGAGGCAUAGUGGGUUUGAGGAGGAGUAUUAGGGGUCAUAGUUUAAGGUGAGGGGGGGAGAUAGAGAUGGAGAUGGAGAUUGGGGUUGGCGAUUUCGGGGUAUGUUCUUGAUGACUUGUGUGAUGAUUUUCGACAUGAUGUUAUGAUACGUGAUGAUUGUAGAUACCCUUUGUUUGCUAGUUAGGUAGUUAGAUUAGAAUUAAAUCAUCUCCUCUAUG